ACAGCACACAAUUGGUCAAUGUGUAACCGGGCUCCGUGUCAAGCAUAGCCCUCUGUUGAGCAUUCAGAAAUUUCCUUUGACUUCGCUAAAAUACACACGCACAAUAUGAUGGCCAAUAUUAUGAACAUUGCCUGCUGUCUUGUGUGCGUCUUUGGGAUCGCUUUAGCCGCUCCAACCGCUGUUAAAUUGCCAAAAGGUUUUGUACAGUGCAAAAAAAGCGACCCGAAGUUAAACGAAUGUAUAAAGAAUUCUCUGAAAAAGGCCGUACCACAUUUAGUAAAAGGCGUGCCUAGUUUGGGAAUAUACCCAGUUGAUCCACUUCGUAUAACGCAAUUGGGAAUAGACCAAGGUACUGGGCCCGUCAGCAUCAAGCUCAACUUCAGGGAUUUAGACAUAUCAAACAUUGGGACAGUACAAAUUGAUGAAAUCUAUGCCGAUCUGGAUAACAAUAAUAUUACAUUGGACGUACACUUCGACAAACCUAUUACGCUCGAUGGAAAUUACGAUUUCAAAGGCAAAGUUAUCAUCCUACCAAUUAUCGGUGACGGUCUCUCCAAAAUUAGCCUUGACAACCUCAGAGCCAAGAUAAACGUAUAUUUGAAACCCGUUGUAAGAAACGGUAACACCUAUGUGGAUAUUAAGGACAUUAAAUUAACCUUUACCACAACCAGACUCCAUUUGAAGUUGGACAACUUAUUCAAAGGAGACAAAGCUCUCGGAAACAACAUGAAUGUAUUCCUGAAUGAAAAUUGGAAAGAUAUAUUAGCUGAACUGCAAACCAAUUUUGAGAACGCCUUGGCUGCCGCAUUUUCUGGAGUUGCACAACAAUUCUUUACUAGAGUACCUUACAACCAAGUUUUUCUUGAAUAGAGCAUUAGGAUUCUUAUUUAUAUUAUCUGACAUAUAUUAUUAAUU